AUGAGUUUACGCCUCCUCACCCCCAAUUUUCUCCCACGCAACUUCUCUCAUUACACACCACCAAGGCUCUCGUUUUCUACAUUUUCUUCUGCCAAAAUGGAGCCUGUCAAUUCGGCUUCGGAAUUCACCGUGCCUGAUCCUCUUUUACUCCACACUAAAAUCGCCGCAAUUCGUUCAGCCGGUCCUCAAAAGAUUCAGGUGAUUGCUGAUUUUGAUGCCACAUUAACUAAGUUUUCGGUUAAUGGAACUCGUGGCCAAACCAGCCAUGGCCUUUUGCAGCAGGAUAAUCCAGAAUAUAAUGCCAAAAGGCAGCACUUAUAUGAACAUUACCAUCCAUUAGAAUUUUCUCCUACUCUUGGACUUGAAGAAAAAAGGAAACUCAUGGAAGAAUGGUGGGGAAAAACGCACGGUCUUCUUAUGGAGGGAGGACUUACAUAUGAAUCAAUUAAACAGUCAGUUGCUAAUGCUAACAUUGCUUUUAGGGAAGGUGUUUCUGAGCUUUUUGAUUUUUUGGAGGAACAAGACAUUCCUGUCUUAAUAUUCUCUGCAGGGCUUGCUGAUAUCAUUGAAGAGGUUCUAAGACAGAAGCUUAAAAGAUCCUUCAAAAAUGUGAAGAUAGUAUCGAACAGGAUGGUCUUUAAUGACGAUGGUCAACUUGUAUCUUUCAAAGGAAAGUUGAUUCACAGCUUAAAUAAAAAUGAGCAUGCUCUUGAUAUGGCUGCACCUGUUCACGAACACUUUGGUGAUAUUGAUGUUCCAACUGAUGACAAUGAAUUGCUCAAGAAGAGAACCAAUGUUCUCCUUCUUGGUGAUCACACUGGAGACUUAGGAAUGUCCGAUGGUUUAAAUUAUGAUACUCGAAUUUCCGUGGGAUUUUUGAACCACAACAUUGAGAACUCACUUAGCAUCUACAAAGAAGCUUUUGAUGUUGUUUUAUUGAAUGACGCACCUAUGUGGGAAGUUAUCAAACUGGUCUCUCAGAUGUGUUCGAGUGAGAAGUGA